GCGCUCGGGGGGCAGAUGCUGGAAGUGGUGCGGAGUUUGUUCUCAGGCGUGGAGCUGCGCGUAACGGGGGGCGUCCGGGACCUUCUGCAGCACGGAGCAGGAGCGAGGAGGGGCAGAGAGGAAGCUUCAGGGGUGUGAAGACCACCAUAUACCCCCACAUCUACCCCCACAUGGACCAACAGGGGCAGGAGAGCUUUUUAUCAGGGGAGGAUUCAGCGCAGGACCAAUGGCAUCUGGAGCUGAGGGGCUCGAGGAGCUGAAGUGAGGAGGAGGAAUAGGAGGAGGAGGUUCUGCUGGAUUUGGAGAACUUUUGGAGAAGUUUGGAUGAAGUUCUGGUGGGCUCAGGACCCUCAGCCAGCUCUGCCCCAAACCAGCCAAUCAGAACGAGCAUAGUUUCUUCCCUUCUUUCACUCUUUCACUACUUUUUUUGGAAAGCUAUGCGGACUCGUGGGACACCUCUGUACUGGACUGCCUUCCUGACCCUUGUUCUCCUGUCAGCCCAGGCUUUCCCCACCCACACGCCCAAAGCUGGCGAGGCCAAGCCCGGGAGGAGCGCCGCUCUGCGGACUGGAGGACAGGCUGGAUCUGUAGAUGUCCGGCGGACGCUGGCGGAGCUCCAGCAGCAGAACCAGCUGAGGAGUCGCUCGCCUCCACGUCGACACAGGCGGAGAUGGUCGCAGCUUCGCUCAGAAGGAGUCCUGCCUAAACCUCCUCCUGAGGAAGAGGAGCCGUUUAUCUUAGACCUGAAGAACUUUCCAGACCUCGCCAAUGCUGACCUGGGAUCCCAGAAUCCCAAUAUCCAGGUAACCAUCGAAGUCGUGGAUGACCCUCAGAUGGAGGUGGAGAUGGACCUGGCUAAAGAAGGAAGGAACGACUGGUCUUUGAGCUCCGAGGAAUGGCUGGGCCACAAGAAGCUCUUCUGGCCGCUCUUCUGGGAGUACCAUGACUCGAGCGAGGAAAGCCCAGGUCAGGCCAGUCUUGAAGAGAACGGUGAAGACCUCAACUAUGAUGGAGAAGAUUCCCUUCUGAGUGGGGUUGGCAUGGACUGGGGGAGGCGAUGGAAAGGCUGGGACUCCAUGGAUAAUUAUGAAUAUGAAGAGGAGGAGUGGAGUGACUGGUCGCCGUGCAGUGUCUCCUGUGGGCAUGGUAAUCAGAAGAGGAUCCGCUCGUGUGGAUACGCCUGCACUGCUACAGAGUCCCGGACGUGUGAACUUCAGCGCUGCCCAGAUGAUCUGAAUGCAGUGACAGAGCUCAUCCCUCAUGAGAUGAAUGACACAGAUGCUUUUGAUACAGAUAUGGACAGCUGUGAGAAGUGGCUCAACUGUAAGAACGACUUCCUGCAGAAGUACCUCCACCAGGUCCUGACCGAGCUGCCGAGCUGCCCCUGCGUCUACCCCUCCGAGGUCGUCUACAGCGCCGUCAACAUUUUCGACGAGAAGCUUCGCAAGACCUACCGGUGGCGCGACGCCAGCGGCCCCAAGGAACGCCUGGACAUCUACAAACCUUCGGCCAAGUUCUGCGUGCGCUCAAUGCUGUCCUUUGACAGCACCACGCUGGCUGCUCAGCACUGCUGCUACGACGACCACAUGAAGCUCAUCACGCGGGGCAAAGGGGCCGGAGCGCCCAACCUCAUCAGCACAGAGUUCUCUCCAGAGCUGCACUAUAAAGUGGACGUUUUGCCCUGGAUUCUGUGCAAAGGCGACUGGAGCCGCUUCCAUUCGGUUCGGCCUCCGAACAACGGGCUGCAGUGCACGGAAAACCCUCUGGAGGACGUGUAUAUGAACGAGCUGGAGGAGGCUCGGGAGUAUUGAGGGCCACACUGGGGUGCAGACUUCAUAACGGAAGUGAAGGUGGUACUGUUGGUGUGUGCUACAGCUCAAUAUGGAGCUGUAAAUGGAAAUUAUACUGUAUUUGAAACUUCACUGCCACAUUUGUAGGGGUUCAGUCUGCCUACUUUUGGAUAUAGAGAUUGAUAAGUAUAUAAUGGUGGAUUUCGUUGGACAAGAAUUGGCUUGAGCUUCGGUGCAGAGAAGGUCAAGCCUUGAAACAUAAAGCUGAGGAGACUAAAACAUCAUGAGAAGGAAGGUCAAAGCUGGAAACUUAAUGAGAGGAACUCUACAGUGUUUUAUGCCAGCUGAACUGGUCUUCACCUAGACAUAGGCUUGGGUUGGUCAAGUUGGUCAUUUUUUAUUGCGGCAGGUAAUCGAUAGGUGACCAUUGAAAGGUUCUACCAUUCUACGCCAAGAUCUACGUCUUCCUCUAGGUGUCAUCCAUGUGAUAACAGAUUUCAUGUGCCAUGGCUGUCAUAAGACAUGACCAGCAAAUUAUAGAUGGUGGGUGUUCCUCUAGUGGUGCAUCUCUUAAUCUGUAAUGCAGUCGCAUUACUACGAGAUUCCUAGGAUUCAUUGUAGCCGCGAUUGCUGGGCAUCUAGACCCUAUAGCCUUCCCAUCUUUACAACUUUCAUAACUACACUGCUGUCACAAUUAACAUCAAUUUCAUGAGCCCUACAAUAGAACCCUGGUGUACUUAGAGAAUUAUGCCAGUACAAACUGUUACCAACCAUUAACAACAGUGUCUGCAAAAAGAUGAAUAACUAAAUAAAAAAUAAUUCUAGGGUUCAAGGUUUUUUUUUAAUCACCUCGCAAUCAUUGCUGUAGUCUUCCACAACCGUUUCACAAGCAGUUCACAACAUGCCUUCCCUAGCAGAGAAAAUGAACGUGAUGUAACAAAUGUCUUGGGACUCUUCUACAGAGAGCCAAAUGCGCACAGCCUGGUUCAGAACUGACAGGACAAGAGAGCAGUGGGGGUUCAAACAUGGCAUCCUCUGAAACUGUAUUUAUUGGAUUCGUACUGCUCCGUUUUUUCCCCCUCUGCGGCGUGCUCAAAGACUCAGAUGUGUCAUGAAAGGAAUUCCACUCAAGCUGCUAAACUUGCGACGAAUCCAAGCAGAAUGCUCUUUUGUUGUCUUAGACUUGAAGCUCGCUCCUGGCGCCCCUCCAGCCCGAGCGAGAUCAAUCCAAACAAAUCAAACACGAGCCCUGGUGCCGCGUGCGCGUCUGCUUCAACACAUUUCACGCCAUUCUUCUACUCUUCCCGGCCUGUAUACUGUUACCACAGAUAUAUUCAGAUGGGGCGUCAUAGGACAAUAUAUAUAAAUAAAUAUAUACAUAUAUAUUUACACAAGGUGAUUCGAUCUUUGAUAUGCUCGCAGGGAAGACAGCACUGGAACAUAAUUAGGUUAUCAGACCAGGGACAAAGAGAAGAAGAACUUCUUUCAGGAGGUCAGGAAUUUUCAUUCAGCGAUAUAAAAAGGGCUACAGUAUUGUUCAUUGCUGCAUUUUUAGUCUUAAAGAAACAUUAUUUGUCUGUUAAGAAACCUUUUGAACAGAUACAACCACAGAAUCACACAAAAUAGCAGCUAUUUGAAGCUGUUAGGCAGUUGCUGAAACUAUAUACACUGUAUAUACAGGGGUUGGACAAUGAAACUGAAACACGUGGUUUUAGACCACAAUAAUUUAUUGUGGUGACGGACAGUUCUGGUGGAAACAGGAGAGUUGAGGUGCACAUUGAAUUCUGCCGUGAUUUGAUCAGCCGUGGUUUUACGUUUUUUGGAUACAAUCUGGGUUAGCACCUGAACAUCCCUUUCAGACAGCUUCCUCUUACAGCGUCCACAGUUAAUCCUGUUGGAUGUGGUCGGUCCUUCUUGGUGGUGUGCUGACAUUACCCUGGAUACCGUGGCUUUUGAUGCAUCACAAAGACUUGCUGUCCUGGUCACAGGUGCGCCAGCAAGACGUGCACCAACAAUUUGUCCUCUUUUGAACUCUGGUAUGUCACUCAUAAUAUUGUGUGCAUUGUAAUAUUUUGAGCAGAACUGUGCUCUUACCCUGCUAAUUGAACCUUCACACUCUGCUGUUACUGGUGCAAUGUGAAAUUAAUGAAGAUUGGCCACCAGGCUGCUCCAAUUUAGCCAUGAAACCUCCCACACUAAAAUGACAGGUGUUCCAGUUUCAUUGCCCAACCCCUGUAUAGCUGUCCAUAUAUCUGUCCAAUUGUUUGUGGACACUCUUCAGAUCAAUGUCUAAAACUCUAUGGAGCCGAUUAAUACACAAACACAAAUCUAUUGGCACCAUGUGAAAUGCUAUGAAUGAGAUACUGGGGUAUCAAUCUCUCCAGUAUUAGGGAAUCUGACAUGUUGGUGCUCCAUCCAAUCCUUUAGGGAUAAGUUGGGUAUUUGGGAAUGUCUUGUUGCUGACUGCAAUUAAAUACUCACAGCAGUGCUCCAAAAUCUAGUAGAAAGUGGAGUAAAUUCUUUUAAUACUAUUGAACCCAGAAGAAUGCAUAUACUAGUAGUCGUAUGAAAAGGUUUGGACACCCCUGCAUAAACAAAAUUGCCACUUCUUUGUUUAAAACUACCCUUAUAAUAAUCAUUAUACCACAGUCAUUAUACCACCGACCCUGCAAUAUGCAAAAUUGGCUGAGGGGCGUUCUAUGAGUGCCGUUAUCAGCCGGUAAUGCACUGUAAUCGUAUCUCUCCAUGUGUUACUUCGCCACAUACAGGUAACCUAGCAACGAUACAAGCCAAACAGCGUAACUACAAACAGAGCAGCAAUGGAACUAUUUUGACUCGCUGAGUGUUUACAACCAAACAGAUCGUUCUUUCUUCUCUUCUUUAACCAAAAUCGUCCAAUAAACAGCAAUAAUCAAACUGUUUAUUGACCUACGGCCUCGUGCCUAUAACCACAGCACAGCAGUGCCAAUAUUAAACGUUAUAGCACAAACCUUGAGUGUAUUAUUGCUUAAUUAUAAUCAUUAGAACACAAUUAUAACACAUACAUAUUCUGUAAAGUCAACAGUGCAGGUCAGUGCACAAUUCUAUAGUUCCCAAGGGGCAAAAUUCACUUCUAACACGUCAGUGUGUAUGUUGUUUUAUUGCUUACCAAUAUGCAUACCUGUCAAGUUUUAGAUUUAAAAAUAAGGGAUAUUUUCCUCUGUCCGCUUAAAGCUGUCCCACCAGCCCAACGAAGGUUCAGUAUCUCUUACAUUUUAAAACAGGUUUACAAAAAAUCUAAAAUAACCACAAGUGAACCACUUACACACUACAAUUAGAUUAUCAGAAUCUGAACAUGUUGUGGACAUUCCUACAUAUGUCAUUCUUUUAAUACAGCCAAAUUAAAAACCCUUUUCUAUAUCUUUUUUUUAUUUAAGAUUUCAUGUCUUUUUUGUAAUAAAUGCACUCUUUUAUAUGAUAUAUUUUUUAUUUAUUUAAUGGAUUUAAAAUUGAACAAAGAGUGCACAAAUUCUGCAAAAUGACUGUUGGUGACCUAAAAAUUGUAUUAUGAGCUUUUACUAAAAGGACAUGGACCAGAUAUAUUCCAUCAGUAAAAAUUAGUCCUAAGGGGCCUACAAAAUAAUUUUUAAUUAAUACUUCUUCCUUUUGAUCACUCCACCCCUGAUCAGUUCAGUUAAUGUCGGUUCUCUCCACAUUUCUAGUUAAACUGAGUCACAAGCUGUAAUUUUUUUUUAUUUUAAGAGGUUUAAUCUGUGUGUUUUAUUUCGGAGUAUUUUUAAGCAGCUAUCAGAAAAAUCUCAUCACAGUUUCCAUGAUUAGACUACCGUUACCUUUCUUUUAGAAAAAUCGCUGCAUGUAUGUUUUAACAUCAGCAGCUCCGACUAGCUGCCUGAACUCACAGCGAGGAGGGCGGGGCUUCCCCACACUGACCCUCCUUGCAAGCUGAUUGGCUGUUUCUCCUGAAAGGCGGGACUUUCUCCUUGAACCGGCUGCACGAUUGGUUAAGAGACACAGAGCGGUCAGUGCACUGUAUCCUCAAUAAUAUAUAUUUUUUUAUUUUGAUAAAAUACGGGAAAUUUACGGGAAAAUACUAAUACGGGAGGACGGCGGGAAAGAGGAGUAAAAUACGGUAGUUUCCCGGCCAAAACGGGAGACUUGACAGGUAUGCCAAUAUGGCUGUUUAAAUAAUAAUGGUAUUGAAGAUUAGAAGUUCUCUCAUGUGGCAGAGAUCCUUUUUGACCCUUCAUCCCAACACCAGUAUAGUGAAUAAUACUCCACCAUCGAAAAGCCACAAAUAUAACCGUAGCUAAAUGGAGAAGGGCAACACCAAGCAUGCUGGGAUCUCCCCUGUGAGCAUGGCACAGCCACAGUAUGUCAUAAUUAGAGAAAUACGUCAUUUUAACGGGGAUGCCCAAACCUUUGCAUAUGACUUUGCAUUAUAAUUACUUAUGUUACUGUUAAUUCUAAUCAUGGAAAAGAUGUGUCCGAUAGAAAUGUUGAAAUAUUCCUAGAUUUUUUUUAUCAUAUUGCAUUCUUUUGAUUUUCUUUGCCAUUUUUACUUUAUUAUGAUGAAAACAGUUAGUCCUGGUUGCAGUGUAGGACUGUAACCGUGACUCUGGAGUAGAAGCUGUGUUUGAGGGGGGCGGGGUGUAGGUACUUGUGAAGAAAGCGAACAUCUAUGUAAACACAGCACGCUUUACAGAACCUUGCUGAUCACUGGGCUCCAAUCAAAGCCCACUUGUAUGGGAUGUUGUUUUAGCAGCUAAAGCCUCUCCUUUCAGACUGGGCGUUUAUCACGAUCUGUCUCUUUGUGAGAUGUUGAAACCGAACGCUGGGGAUUUACCAGCCAAAGGCGUGUUGAUGGAGGUCUAUUCCAUGCUCCACGCUGCAGUAAAAACAUCCACAUUUGGCGAAGUGACACCUUAACGAGUGAAUUCAGACACACUGGGACUCCACCCCGAAGAUCUAGUUCAGAAAAUAGAGCAACGUCCACACUGGGAGAGUUGGGCUUGUUAUAGUCUACAUUAAUCUACAUCUACCUCUUAUCACAAUAUGGAGGUCACGAUUUAGUAUUUUAAAAUAUAUAGCAACACUGUAGGCAAGAAGAUACUGUAUAUUGCAAUUGUUUAAAGCAAAGUUUUGGAAAACUCUCAUAAAAACACUAUCAUAUUCAUAAAAUCUGAAUAAAAGACAAGUUUACAUUUUUCCAAUCAGAACAGUGGGAUCUAACAACAGUUAGAUUACAUCAUUGCUAUCUAGUGAGCAGGGUUUAAACACUACACCAAUCUUUAUAAGUAAACUAGCAAUUAACCCCUGUGUGGUGUUCAUAUUUUUUGUUACUCGUUUACUUUGUUACUUGUAUUUAAUUCAGCAAAAUUAAGCAAUUCUACAUUAAAAUGCUUCACACAUGCUCGCUUCACCUAAAUUGCAAGCAAUAUAAACAGCUUACAUGGUUAAUAUUUACCCUUUACCUUUCUUAUGUUACAUUUCUUUUAAAAAGUGCUACUCUUUUUUUUUAUUAGUUUUUUAAUAAAAUGUAAAAGAAAAUAAAUUUAACUCAAGAUAUGAGUAGAAAAUUUUUUAGUUUCAAAUUUACAAAUGAAGCAAUGUUUAUUAGCCCUUGGCCAAACAUACUGUAUGUAAUAUAAAUGUGUGUGUUUAUCGAAAAUGUGUUUUGAUAUGUGUUUUUCACAAAAAAUGAGCCAAUGCCAAUGAGUUUGAUUUAGAAAAAAUAUUUUUUUAGUAUCAUUUGAUGAAAAUUGAACACGGGUCCCACAGACCCGAACACCACACAAGGGUUAAAAAUGCGGUCCCACUUUACAAUAAGUGUCCCUAAGUUCUUUGUAGUUACAUGGUAACAAUCCAUGUAACUACAGUGUAACUACUAGCCCAAAAGCCUACUAGUUCAGACCUAGUCUUUCCAUGAUAAUAUUUGAUUUUUAGUAUAUUUAGUAUCAAAACACUCAAUCAGCUCCAUAAGCUGUUAAAGACGUUUAUAUUUAACUUACCACACACACUAUUGCACAGGUGUAAGUACAAUCAACCUGGUACACAUGUUUAACUUGUACACACACAAGUCAAAAUUAUCCUUAAUACACAUGUGUAAAUACAUAACCUGUACCUUUUUAGUUAAUCUGUAACACUGCGUUCUUCAUCAGUAGUUACACUGUAGUUACAUUGAUUGUUACCAUGUAACUACAAAGCACUUAGGGACACUUAUUAUAAAGUAGGACCACCAAUGCUGUUCAAUACAGUAUGGCACAACAAACUGUGUUUUCCGCCGCCAAAAUUGAAACACACCAGAAAUAUACCUGAACAUACCUCACCUCUGACACCAUUUUAAUGAGCACGUGAUACGAUAGGGCCUUUUAUGUUUUUUUAAAAGUCUAAAAUUCAACUCAAAUUGUUCUAUAAUUCUAUAAUUUUGUACAGAAAAUGUUUCCGUUCAGCAUUUUGACAUUCUCUAAACUCUGUUUUAACCCAACAACCUUUUCUACAGAGUCAAUUAGGGCCUACAAGCAGUCGUUCAUCAUUGAUCACUUUAGACUAAUGCCUCAUCUUCAUCCAGAAGAUUACCAGUGCAUUCAUUCCAGUGCUGCACAAUCUCACACAGUGCAGCUGUGAAAGAGCUUUAAUCUCACUGCGUGAGCUCCCUCUGCUCUCUGUUAUGGCAUGUUUGCCUCACGUUUCAGCACCCUGGAAUUCAGGAGCUGUGUGGUAUGUGCCCAGGCCGGGAGGUGUGGGUGCGGCCAGCGUGAAGGGGGCAAAGCCCACUAUCUGCUCCGCUGGGUACUGGCUUUGACCUGAGCUGAGGGGGGGAUUUCUUUGAAGCGCUGCCAGCUUUCCACUGCUGUUUCGUUUUAGCGCAGGGCUCGGGCUGAGAGUGCAGACUAGAGCAGGUUUUCAUUGCUUUAUGUUACAAUAAAGAGUCUAUUAUGAGCAUUACGCUGCCAUUGCCAGCGGUACGUGUGAACGUGCUGAAACGGCUGAAGCUAAAACUCGUGGAUUCUCCAGAAUGUUGGACAUGAGCCUCCAGAUCUAAUCGCUGAAGUGAGAAAAGAGAAGAGUGCUGAAUAGCGAGGAUCUACAGUACGCUGAGUAAGACGGACAGGCUGGUAUCUCCAAAUAUUCUCCAUUGCAGAAUUUUCGGUGAAAAGUUUACGUUUUUUUUUUUUUUAAUGUUCUUUCAGGAAUAUUUGAUAAGAUUGUGUCACUUUUAAGAGAUUUCUGAAAGAAAGGCACUUUAUUUAAGAUAAAUAAGGGGAUAUAUCUCUGUGUAUAUACUAUCACAUAUAGAAUAAUACCUGUAUAAUUUUUUUGUUUGUAUCAUUCGUUAUCAUUAUUGUAAAGGGAUGAACUACACAAAUGCUGCAUUCUUAAAGGAUUUUGUAAUGUAAUGUAAUAAUGUAAAAUGUCUGGCAUGUCAUGUUCUAUUGUUUAGAUUUAUUAUUGUACAGUAUUUAUUGUCCAUAAGAUGAUCCGUAAGAUGCACUAUGUGAAGCUGUAUGAAAAUAUCCCGUUCCAGAUCGGAUGCCUUGUGAACAAAAAACACAAAAAACCCCACAAAAAAACAAAAACAAAAGGGAACGCGUUCAAGCCGCGCCACACACCAUGCUACUUCAGUUCAUUAUAUAUAUAUAUGUCUGUAUUUUUUUUACCAGUUGUCAUCUCCUUUGUAACAAGAGCUCUGUAAUAAAUAUAAUAAAUGUAACGUGGACAGUUAA